AUGGAUCUGUACAACAUUCCUGAAUCUGAUCGUGGGUUUUUUAAAUCGGACGGUUUUGAACUUUCCAAAUUAGCUGAGUGCAGAUUUCGGCCCAUUGGUCAAUAAAGCUGUGACGUCACGAGGAGGUAUCGCAACCGGAUCUUCACAGGUAGAUGCGGGAAGGUCGAAGGCGCACGUGAAUGAUGGUACAUUAAAAGCUGAACAUGCAUUUGGUUGUUUCUCUGGCGGCAAUGCUGGUUGGAUUCAGAUAACAAUGGAUGCAAACUACUGGAUUUUUGUUGUGAAGUUUAUAAAUCGAAUAUCCCUAAAUCAGCAAAUGAGAGAUGUUUCGGUGGAGUUCAGUGAUGCUUCGACAGAAACUGUUACUGCUGUUGAGGUACAAUACGUUGAUUGCUCAACAUCAAAAUGGACAUCUUACCCUCUCCCAAAGGCUAGACGCUCUAACUUUGUGAAAUUCACCGUUUUAACUACGAUGCCAGCGUCUUCGAGCAGCAUGUAUGUUGGUUUCAGAGAAAUUCAGAUUUUCACAGGAAACAACAUGCUGACAGCAUCAUCCCCGAUAGUGGACGAUACGUUCGAUGUUAAAAAGAAACCCAGUCUUCGGACCUUGACUGACAUGGAUACAUCUGUUUGUUCCUUCGAUGUUGCUGAGCUAGCCGGGAGAAAUCUAAUGCUUUACACGAAUGCGAUUGGCCUUCAAGAAUUCAAACUGAAGAUUACAACAAACGGUGGAGCUGCGGGUGAUUUUGAUGUGUAUCAGACGUACGACAUCAAUGCUGAAGUGGGCAAUGCAACAACGACUAAGUGUAAUGCUCCGGUUAGUUUGAGUUCCGCUCAGUUUGAAUGGAUCUGCGAGUGUGGUGGCGACUGUUACGCUGCUUUGGUCCGUGUUCAGCCAAGUGAUCCAAGUUAUCAGAUAUGUGAGAUUGAACUAAAUGCCCUUUAAAUAAAUUUAAAUUUUCUUCAAAAUGAGCAUGCUGUAAAAAGUUUCUAUCCUCAAAAGGAAGGCCAUUGACUUCUUGAUUGGAACUCUCUCUUCCCAAUUCUCUUAUAUGCUAUUGGUUUUACAAAUAUUUUAGUGGCCAAAAUCUUGUUAAAGAAAUUUGUAUUCAGCAAUGACUUUCUUCAUGAAAUAACAUUUUACCUACACAUAUCCUGCAUCAAUCCAAUUUCAUGUAUGAAAAAAUGUAUCAAAAUUUGUUUUCAGAAUAUCAUCAGUAGUAAAACUUAGUAUUGUUUGUCUGACAUAUUAAAUUUAUUUUUUGAUUUUUUCGUUCUAUUUUUAUAUCAUUAUUUUGCCUAACUAUAUGCAAAGAAAUUCAUUUCAACAUUUAAAGACUGUUUACUUUGUAUGGCUACAAGGUCAUAUUCAAAUGUAACGAGAAAUGAAAAACAGUAACCUCUAUAGGAGCCUUUUUGGUGGACGCGGUUUCUUAAUUUGAUAAUGAAAAUAGGGUUUUCAGUUUAUGAAAGAUUAAAACAUGUGAAAUCCAUCAUUGCGAUAACGCUAUAGUAUUCGUUGCUUAGGUAGCAUACGCUCCCCUCAUAAAGGAUGAAUUAUCAACGCCUGUAUAGAUAAGGCCAUUUAAAUUGUUUAAAGAACCCCCGAUAAGGAGAGCUUUUAAAAAGGACAUUGGUUUUUCAUUCUGGAUGUGAUCAUCAUGGAAGUUUAACACUACAUCAGAGAUGAUCUUAGAUAUUAGGUGAUCUUAGAUAUUCCCAAAAACAACUUGUUUGAUAUAAAAAUUGCUUUUUCAAGAACAUUUUUGCAAGGCAAUGAACUCGUUUUUUAAGGUUAGACUCUUUAUUUGUGGUUAAAAUUCGUGUAUGGCCUGAUGGGAUAGGGACAAAGUGUCACAGUUGUAAGAUUCUUAU